AUGUCUGAGUCGUUGCAGUUGUUCAAUGUUUCCCUCGGCUCGGAGAGCCCGAUGUAUUCUUAUUAUCCCUUACGAAAUGCGGAUCCGUCCCAAGGAUGGAACGCGAUGUAUACCGGAAGCGUGUUCAGCAGCUCCGACCAGCAAGGCACGCUGGGCAGUGGAACCCCAUACCGGAUGACUCAGGCAGAUCAUGCCGGUGUAUCGCUUUCCUUCAACAGUACUGCAGCGUACUUCUGUGUGACCUAUAACGGGACCGCGGAGCUUUACUUCAUGUGGGAUGAUACCCCUGCCUCGAAUGGGUACCCAACAGCACCUCAACCCAAUUCUACAGCUUGUUCCGAGACACAAACGGGCAUCGUCCCUGGUCUUCUGGCUACGCCUUCUUUGGAGUAUGGUGCACACACCGUUUCGGUCAACUUGUCCCGGAUUGCUCCUGGUGACAGCUUGUUAUUCUAUGGUGGUGCAUUUACGACAGGUGCUACAACAACAAACCCUCUUGUGCCCGUGUGGAUCGACGACCGGAAUCCCAACUGGCACCUGUUAUCGCAAGCGGACGUCUGGAGUCAGAAGGAGGAUUGGGCAGAAGACUACAACGCAACGCAUACAUUCACUUGUGCGUACAAUGGGGCCACUUCCGCCUCAUACACGUUCAACGGUAUGAAGUUGAGUGCGGAUCCUGCACAGGAGCUUACGUUCCGGCCAGAAUCCUACGCUGUGCAGCUUAUCGGUAUCGUCGACUACAACUCAGUUUUUCCGUUCACCAUAUCCCUUGGUGAUAAUGAAUCACCGUACAUGAAUGCAACCAACAGCUGGCGAUCAGACAACCAGACGUUUUUCUUUGCUGGCGGCCUGGAUCCCAAGACGACUCUCGCGUCUUCCAGUCCUCCACCCACUCCAUCUAGCAACCCGCCCAACACAUCCUCGACCCCUGGCCCGGGGUCCGACCUCACAUCCCCCUCCCUCAGCCGAGGUGCAAAAGCCGGCAUCUCCAUAGGCUGCAUCUUCGCUGGUCUGAUCAUCGCAUUCCUCGCCUGUCCAGCAUGGCGUCGCGCAGCCCGACGGUCGCGCCAAACCAUCCGGGAAGAACUGACGGACGCGGCAAUGAGCGAGGCGAUGGAUAGCGCUUUCCGGCAGGUGCCGAUGCCGUACCUUGGUGCGAUAGGUGGUUCGGAGAUGGAGAGGACGAGCAUCGCUAGCAAGAGUGGAAGAAGUGGUGCGGCGCCUGCGGUUCUGGAGGCCCCGCCUGAGUAUGCGUCGCAUGAUGGUCAUGCUUGA